AUGUUGCUUUCCACAGGCAUAAAGUGCACAUCUGCUCUGGCCGCGCUCCUGGGCGCUGCCGCCUCAGAAUCCAGCGAAGGCCCGGAGUCUUUUGACACCAUGAGCUUCAGCGGCAGCGAAUCGUCUACGCCCCAUCUGCCCAGAAAGCUCAUGUUCUGCAUCAGCCCGCAAAACCAAGAAAAAACUCUUGUGCAGCUGCUUGAAGUAUACAUUAAAGAAAAACAAAACAGCGAGUAUGCAAAAACCGCGUUUAAGCACGUGGAAACGGACUUCUACAAGAGCUGCGGAGUUUUUCUUGCAGACACGCCCGCCCAGAGCCCCUUCGAGAUGGUCAAGUCAAUAUGCAGCAGUCUUGCCACACACUUGGCGCACCCGCAAGAGCAUACUGUGUGCAUGAAUGUCAUGAUAAACACCGUCCAAAUGGAUCCAGACGUAAAGUAUGUCUUCCCGCUGGAUGCGUCUCCGCAGGCCGUACUGACGCAUCUGUGUGCCCUUGAGAAGGGGAGUGGCGUCGACGUUUUGUCGGUCCGGAACAUAAAGGAAUUUGUUGCGAUGGUGGACCCAACCAUCCAUGCGCUGAUAUACAGAAUUCUCUGGCAUCAUGCGCGCUUCAAGCUGUAUAUGCAUUUUUAUAUUCUUGUACAAGACAAAAAAGCUCUUCUUGAGGCGGGCAUUCCCUUGGAAGAUGUCAACAGAAUUGGGCUGAUGUAUAAAAACAUGAAGAUACCUGAAUCUUCCUGUGUGCGGUACAUGCAGCUUCCUAUUCUGUACACCCUGGCGCACAACCUCAUUGCGAGCAUGAUUUCUCUGCGAGACCAGUACUUUGUAAACGUUCUGAAAGCGCUUAGAGCUUCUGACGCUUCUCCAAAGGAGCAGAUUUUGCACAUAACCCAGGUUUCAAGCGAGUUCUGCAUAAAGUCAAUUGUCUUGUGCAAGGACGCUGGCCUGAAGGCCGAGCUAGCCAUGAAGGGCGCAAGCUUCCACACCAUAUACAAUUGGGGGAUUUUUUUCUUGCCUGCCGAAUAG